CAAGUCUCAGUAAACCGCGCCGCGCCCUGAGGCAAUGACACACGAGUGAGGCGGACAGUUAGUUUACUUGCCCGGCAGCCAAAAUGGGUGAGGCAGUCAACUCUUCCCCCUCUUCCCGCUGUUACCAACGAUUUUCGGAAACGAGCUUGGACUUCGUCGAAGGAGGAGCCACGUUCGAGCAUGCCGUCACAGAGACCGGCUUUGGCCGGUUCCACUAUGGACUCAUGGCGCUGUGCGGGCUCGUCUACCUGGACACGGCCAUGGGCAUCACCAUCCUGUCCUUCGUGCUGCCCGCCGCCCAGUGCGACUUCGACAUGGACAGCCCCAAGAAGGGGUGGCUCAACGCCGCACCCAUGCUCGGCAUGGUGCUCGGCUCGUACUUCUGGGGCUGCCUGGCGGACACGCGCGGCCGGCGCGUCGUCCUCAUCGCCACCCUGGUCAUGGACGGCGUCUGCGGCCUCGCCAGCUCCAUCUCGCAGUACUACGGCGUCUUCAUGUUCCUCCGCUUCCUCAACGGCUUCGCGAUCACCGGUGCCAUGGGGAUCGUGUUCCCGUACCUCGGCGAGUUCCAGCCCACCAAGUACAGAGAGAAGAUCCUGUGCUGGAUGGAGGUCUUCUGGACGUGCGGGAUCAUCCUGCUGCCAGGCAUCGCGUGGCUGACCAUCUCGCUCCCGUUCCGCUACGAGACCGAGGGCUUCAUCUUCGGCUCGUGGCAGCUGUUCGUGGCCGUGUGCGCGCUGCCCUCGCUCGUCGUGGCCGCCUGGCUCUCCGUCUACCCCGAGAGCCCCAAGUUCCUGCUCGAGUGCGGCGAGUACGAGGAGGCGCUCGAGAUCCUGCAGGAGAUGUUCCACCGCAACACGGGGCGACCCAAGAGCGAAUACUCGGUCAAGAGCCUCCGCGAGCCCCGGUCGCGCGCCAUGUCCGUGGUGAGCACCACCUCCAGGGCGAGCGUCAAGAGCCUCCGCUCCAUCCGGACGCCCAAGGACAUCAAGCUGCUCGUGGAGGAGGUGUGGGACCAGACGAAGCAGCUGUGCCGACCGCCGCACCGCUACUACACCGUGCUCACCUGCCUCAUCCAGUUCGGGCUCACCACCAGCUACUACACGCUCAUGAUGUGGUUCCCGGAGCUCUUCGACCGCUUCGAGUACUUCUCCCAGGAGCACCCCGGCGAGACGGCGUCGGUGUGCGACGUGUCCGGGGCGGCCCUGGGCGAGCCCUCCACCGACUGCCCCAACCACAUCGACGACCAGGUGUUCCUGCACACGCUCAUCGUGGGGCUGGCCUGCAUCCCCACCAGCUUCUGGCUGCCCCUCUGCGUGCACCGCCUCGGCGCCAAGUUCUUCCUCGUGUUCAGCCUCGUGGUCUCCGGGAUGGUGGCGGUCGGGCUGUACUUCGUCACCAACUCGACGCAGAACCUCGUGCUGUCGUGCAUCUUCGAGGCCCUGACCAGCCUCGGCAUCAGCACCGUCUACUGCGUCAUGGUGGACCUCUUCCCCACCAACCUGCGCGUCAUGGCGGCCGCGCUGUCGCUCACCUUCGGCCGCGGCGGCGCGCUCUUCGGCAACCUGGUCUUCAGCUACCUCAUCGACAUCAACUGCGUCCUGCCCAUCGCCCUGUUCGCCGCCCUGCUGUUCGUGUCCGGGGGACUUUGCUUGCUACUACCGAACACUGGGAAAGGAGAGAUCGACUGAUCUCUUGCCAAAAGUGUGAAGUUCAUUCCUAUUCGUCAAAAGGGCGAAUAGUCUAUUAUGUUUCCUUAGAAUUAAUAUUUUGCCGUCCACUCGCGGUCCUAUUAGGGCUUUAACCAAGAGGACCGAAGGGGAUCCAGUCUGAGGGGCCCAAGUGAAACUAUUGAGAGACUUACACGUGAUUAGAGACGUUUGAGUGAGAAUCUGACACCCAGUCAGAAAGUGAUAUCCGAACAAUACUGUAGUGAUGUCGGUUCGGUAGUUUGCACGAUCACGCACCUAGGUUAAUACUUUUUGCUACGCAUGUUGUUAUACUUUUGUUCUAGUCACUAGCUGUGCCUCUUUCGCGACUACGACAGUGUAUUAUUUUGAGAAGAAGGCACAGUAUUGUUCGAUUUUCUUUAUUGAUAAGUUGUGCAGUAGGUGGGUAAAUCAUUGACAGUCUUAAGAAAAAUUGAGUUGUGUUGCCAUCAGAACUGAAUUUCAGACUGUGAGGGCAACCAACAGUUCCAUAUGAAAAAUAAAAGACUGCACUAUUCCUUUUUACAUUGAAAGUAUUUUUGAUAAGUAAAUGUAUGAUGUAUGUAUGUAAAUAGUACAAUAAAUGCUGUAAACCGUAGCUGUCCUUAGCCAAUGUUGUUGUUAUGUGAGCAUGAUCUCACAGUGCCAGUUGUUUUUAAAUAAAUGUUUCACAAGGAGACUGAAAA